UUUUAAACAAUAUUUAUUUCACUCUGUGCUCUGAACCACACGCAAUGUUUUAGUUUCGAAUCAACUGCGAAUUGUUUUUUAAUCGAAGCACGUUCUGUUUCCAUAAUUAUGUUGGCGUAAUGAUUUCUUGUCAAAGGAAAAAGAUUUUGUGCGGGAAUUGGUUGGUGACUUAUUUGUGAUUUGGUUUUAGGCUUUGAGUACGGGCGUCAACAUCCGGAAGGGUUGUGACUUGUGCAUGUUUGGUAAUAAAUUUCGUACGCCCACUUCGCACAUCUGGUACAGUGUUUGUUGUUGUGAUAGAUGAUACGGAACAAGUGAUAAUAUCGUGGCGUAUAAGGCAAAAUGUCGCUCCAAAAAAGCGUCAAAAGCGCAGGAGGCGAGCGGAGUGAGCAGGAUAAUGCCUCUAUUUGCUCUUCGGUGACUACGCAACCUGAUAGACACGGAUUUUUCGGAGGAGCUCAAUACAGUCCUGAACCAAAACGGACUCUAUCGCCGAGCACGAUACUGAAACGGGAACAGAAAUGGCUGCGUAUGCUGAACAACUGGGAGGCGUUUAUGAGCAAAAACUACAAAAAGGUCCGCGAGCGGUGCCGGAAAGGCAUACCCGCGUCAGUUCGACCAAAGGCGUGGCUGUACCUCUGCGGAGGACAGCUGCUGUUGGAGAAACACCCCGACGAGUACGAGGAACUGCUGAAGGCGCCCGGCGACCCCAAGUGUAUGGAGGACAUCAGGAAAGACCUGCACCGACAGUUCCCAUACCACGAGAUGUUCAUAAGGGAGGAGGGAUUAGGGCAACAAGAGCUGUUCUGCGUUCUGAAAGCUUAUUCGGUGCUGAACCCAAAAGUGGGCUACUUCCAAGCUCAGGCGCCGGUCGCUGCGUUCCUUCUGAUGCACAUGCCCGCGGUGCAGGCUUUCUGGUGCCUCGUGAGCAUCAGCGACAAGUACCUGAGUGGGUAUUACAACCCCGGCCUUGAGGUCCUACAACGCGACGGCGACAUAUUGCACGCGUUACUAAGAAGGACGGCUCCAGCGGUUCACAGACACUUGGGCAAACAUCGCGUGGAGCCCGUGCUUUACGCGACCGAGUGGUUCUUGUGUGCUCUCACUCGCACACUACCCUGGGACAGCCUGCUAAGGGUGUGGGACUGCUUUCUGUGCGAGGGAGUCAAGGUGCUCUUCAAAGCCGCCCUAGUCAUCCUAGCCGGAGCGCUGGGUCCAGCGAAGGUGCGGAAACGCGCUUCCGGCCUCUGCGAGACCCUGGAGGUGCUGCGACACCCCCCCGAGGGGAUCCUGGGGGAGGACUAUCUGAUGUACCACAUGCCACGCCUGAACCUCACAGAGGAGGACUUCGAGUUCGAGCACCAGAGGCAGACCGCUAAACGACGCGCCAUGGCCAAUAGAAGUGGUAGCUGAUUCAGCGAGUGUUCCUACAAGCGUUAUUCCAAGGAUAACGCUCGGGACAUCUUCCACACUCUGUAAACGAGUGCAACUACAAACUCCCAGUUGAGUGCAACAAAACACAAGUGAACAUGUUAGUGCGUGUAACGAACCACGAAACCGACAAGUGUAUAAUAUAGAGACACGAAAACGACUAGAGUGUAUAUUGUAUAAUAUAGAAGUGAUGGUAUAAAUACUAAGUGAAAAUGUGUAUAAUAUGUGAUGCGGUGAGAAACAAACACUGCCUAUAUAGAUUGGGUGAUAGUGAUUGGUAAGUGAUAAAAAGUAUAGUUUACAAUAGAUAGUGGAAUAUAGAUAGUUUCUGCCCACUAGUGUGCAAUGAGUUAUCUUUCAUUAACCUGGAAGGCAGCAGAUGAUGCAUAAUAAAAACAUACUCCCAAGAGAUGUAAAGUCUUUCUGAAUGAAUUAAUGGAUACCAUAUAAAGAUA